AACAUUAUCCACACUUCCAACACAAAGUUUAUCACUCUUUGAUUUCUUUAGUUCAUCAUUCAUGGCUUCUUUUCUUGGCCACAACUCUUUACAAACAUUCCUCAAAUCAUCCAACAUCCUAUUCUCCCAAAAGCCCAAAACCUUAAUCACCUAUGCAUCAUCAUCAUCAUUCCCAGCAAGAGACAAAAUCAUAGACUUUGGUAAAUUCAAAGGAAGAAUGCUAGGAACUCUACCUUCAACCUACCUAAAAUGGGUGUCCAACAAUCUCAGAGCAAGGGACUUUGAAGAGUGGGCUAAGUUAGCUGAUCAAGUACUCGAAGACCAUGUAUACAAAGACCGUAUAGAGUGGGAGUAUGCUGAAAAGCUUCUCAAUGGAGAUGUCUUAACCGCUAAUUCUAAGUCUGAAGGUGUGGUUGCUGAACUGCUUGAUAUAAGUCAGAGGUUUGGGUGGGAUAAUGAUGAUAAAGUUGGGUGGAGUAAGAUUGAUUAUCAGCUUCUUGGAACCUCUAAAGGGAAGAGGAUACCAAGGUUGAAGGAGAGGAAUGAUGGAGAGUUGCAGAAUUUGAAGAGAGAAAAAGCUGACAGGAGUAGAGAGGUUGGUGUGAGGGAUAAGAGAGUUGAGAGAAGAGAGAGGUUGAGGAUUCAGAGAGGGUUGUUAAGCAUGAAUAAUGAUCAUAAUAAUAGGUUUAACAAUGUGGUUAAGGAAGGAGAUGUGGGAAAAGAGAGUUCUGAUCAAAAUGCAGGGGUUUACAGUCCAUUUCCUGGAAGAGAAACACUCCUAAGAAAUGCUCUUAAUCGGCGAAGAAUUGUUUAGAGGUGGUACAUGGAUUGUUCGGGUUUAAUUAGUUUAGUUUGAGUAAUUUGAUUCAGUUUUACUUUUUAUUUAGGUAGGAUCAUAUUCGAGUGUGUCAUGAUCGAUCAAUGUUAGUCCCGUGAUUUUUUGAGUCAAGUAGUUUUGGACCUGGUAAUUGGGUGCGGGUUAGUUUUGCCAAGUCAAUAUUUGAUAGACAAGCUAUAACUCUUCCAAGAUUUUGUGUUAAGAGCAUAAUUUCAGCAAACUCACUGCUAUUUAUUAUUUUAGUGUAUGAAAUUUACAAACCAUAGUUUGAAUAAUA